GAGUUUUGUCCCAUGAAUUCCUAAUGUGGAGGUUGCAGGCGUAUGAUCAUAUUUGCUAUUGUGAAUUACUAUUAGCAUAACUGGGAACAGGGCAGAAAGAGAGGCUCUGAGUGACAACAGGUGACAGGCUGGCAGCUCAUACAGUUGUGCCAGAGAGGACUUCCAUGAUAACAGCAGAAAGACAUCUUAUCAGUUGCUGGAGAACACCCAGGGAAGAAAGGACAUACAAUACCCUCGUUUAUGAUUUUAAAUAUUGAUCAAGGUUAGCAAUACCUGUGCUCCAUUGUGGAAUGUCCUAUGGCAAUGGUGAAACUGGUGGGCACCCUAUGUUUAAUCUUUGCCAUCAAGUUCAAUGCUCCAGCUCCCAGUUAGGUAGUCUGAAUGGACAUAAGAAAUCUGCAAGAUUUUUGGAAGUGAGAGGGAACUUAAACAACAUGCAGUAUUCUUCAGUGGCAAUGGAUCCAGAUACCAUGAUGAAUAAUGGAUCAGGAAUUCCUUGCAAUUCUGAGGAAGAUGGAAAGGAUCCAGCUUUGACAGGAAGCGAAAUCCACAAAGCUUACACAACUAAAUGUUUCUAUGGCCCUUAUUUAACUAAAACUAGUAUGCAAGGGGAUGUCUACAACUUCCUGGAGAGGCCUAGUGGAUGGAAGUGUUUUAUUUACCAUUUUACUGUAUUUCUACUGGUGCUGAUUUGUUUGAUUUUUAGUGUGCUGUCUACUAUAGAACAUUAUUCAGAAUUUGCCACUGGGACCCUUUUCUGGAUGGAAAUUGUUCUGGUUGUAUUUUUUGGUGCUGAAUAUGUGGUGCGGCUAUGGUCGGCAGGUUGCAGAAGUAAAUAUGUUGGCUUGAAGGGAAGAGUACGUUUUGCCAGAAAGCCAAUAUCAAUUAUUGAUCUUAUUGUUGUGAUAGCCUCAAUAAUUGUUCUGAGUGUAGGCUCAAAUGGGCAGGUGUUCGCCACAUCUGCAAUAAGGGGAAUUCGUUUUUUACAGAUUCUACGCAUGCUUCAUGUAGAUCGGCAGGGCGGCACUUGGAGGCUUUUAGGAUCAGUUGUUUUCAUACACCGUCAGGAACUCAUAACCACCCUAUACAUUGGAUUCCUGGGGUUGAUCUUUUCAUCUUAUUUUGUCUACCUCGCUGAGAAGGAUGCAGUGGAUGAAGAGGGAAAGACUGGAUUUUCUAGCUAUGCUGAUGCACUGUGGUGGGGUGUGGUAACAGUCACAACAAUUGGAUAUGGAGAUAAAGUACCACAGACAUGGAUUGGGAAGACAAUAGCCUCCUGCUUCUCAGUAUUUGCUAUAUCUUUUUUUGCUUUGCCAGCGGGGAUUCUAGGUUCUGGUUUUGCCCUGAAAGUACAACAGAAACAACGUCAGAAGCAUUUCAACAGACAAAUUCCAGCUGCAGCUUCUCUGAUUCAGACUCUAUGGCGGUGCUAUGCAGCGGAGAAAUCAUAUAGUUCUACAGCAACAUGGAAGAUCUAUGUUAUGUCACCUGCUCAAAGUACAAGAAAACCACCAGCGCCAUCUAGCCCUAAUCUGAGAAAACAGAGUAGAAGAUACAAAAGAAAAGGAAAACCUGGACGUGAUAAUGGUUCUACACUGAUAAUAAGUUCUGGAGAGACAGCCUUCUCUGUUCCACAGAUUACAUAUGAUCAUAUUGAAAGAGAAGACAAAAAAGAUGUGGCUUUUUACAUGGAUGAACCUGGAGUGAAAAGGCGUUUAGAAGGCAACAGUAAUGAAAUGUCAAGGACCAACAGCUUCACUGAUGACAUUGAUCUAAUAGCGGAAGAGUCACCACUGCCCAGAGUAUCCGAUGUUGCGCAGUUAACCGAAGCACACCGAACAGCUGUCAAAGUCAUUAGGAGAAUGCAGUAUUUUGUUGCCAGAAGAAAAUUUCAGCAAGCCCGGAAACCAUAUGAUGUACGUGAUGUAAUUGAACAAUACUCUCAAGGACACCUCAAUAUGAUGGUCCGGAUAAAAGAACUUCAAAGAAGACUGGAUCAUUCCUUAGGGAAGCCUGCUCUUUUCCUUCCAGAAAAAGGGGUAGACAAAGGAUACUAUACUGUAGGAGCCAGACUGAUCCGGUUAGAGGAUAAGGUCAUGCAGAUGGAUCAAAAGCUUGAUGACAUCCUGAAUGCUCUCCAAACUCAGUUUGACACAUGGUUACCGACGCGGACAUCAGCCCCAGCCACCCCAACCACUAGACAUUUACAGUUAUCCUUGGAUUCCCCACCUCUAACCCGGAAAAUGUAAAAGCCGUGAGGCAACAGCCUGCUGCCCUCUCAUUCAUUUAAGUAUGGUUAUUUUUAUUAUUAGUGUCUGGAACUUCUGAGACCAUCAUUGCUGGAAUGUAAAUAUUCUGCUGCAGGUUGUUAAAUCAAAAGGAAAAACAUGAUUGUGCUUCCGUGAGAAAACCUAACCUUUGUGCACAGAACCAUAGCAAUGCUGAGAGAAUCCUCCAGCCCAUGGGACUCUAAUAAAGCUGUAGUAUUUAACUGGCAAUGCACACACAGAGCACUGAGUUGAGAUGGAAAUCUAAGUCAUAAGACAACUCAUCCAGAGGUAGGAAUGAAGGAGGGACUGUCAUUUCAGUAUUCAAUCUUCUGUUCUCACUAGUUUAUUGUGCAUAGCAUACCCAAACAGGGAGAGGGGACCAAUACUGGAACACAAAACAAAUGGAAUUCAAUCAAAAGGAAAAUUGAACAGCAUGUUUUGUAGUAAAAAUAUCUACCAACCAGCAAGGAUCAUGAAAAGGGCACUGCUAAUGUGAAUGACAAAGUAAAGACAACAGACUGCUGAUUAAAAAUAUGAGCAUGUAGACAGACUGGCUGAUAUAGGGAAGACUGAAGCAAGGUCUCAGCUAAUUAAAGUCAAAGGUUUGCAAAUGAGAUGGGAUGCAUGUUGGAAUAGUCAGAUACAGGAGACAAUACCAGCUUAGAAUAACAACAGAAUGUUUCAAUAGUUAUCACCUGCACUGAUGGUUGUUAUGCAACAUAUUUUCAAACUUUUCCUUUCAUUAAGUGAUGACUGUUAAUCCCAGUUGCCUUAUUUUUUAAUAUAAGAAACCAGGAUAAUAACUGUAUGUGUAAGAAUCUGGAAACCACCCGUUCAAUGCCUCAGCUGACGCUGGGCAACUGUGAACUGAAGCUGUGACUUUAAAUGACCACAUUUGAAUUCACAUACAGUUGAUAAAAGCUAGUCACUUUGCUAGUGUACAUCGCUGUCUAUAAUUUAAAAUGCUGAGUUUUCAUGGAAUGUGAUUGUAAAUUGAGUAUAUGUGUUAUCUGAAACAGUAUUUCUGUGAAAUGUUACUGACGUGAACAAUUUUCAAACAUAAAUUGAUUUUUUUCCUUGCUCUCCA